ACAUAUUUUUUAACGUCCCAAUCCAUUAUUUUUUUAGUAUUGAAAAUAUUAUUAUUGCAUACAAAUUAAUAUUAUUUUUUAUAAUAUAUUAAGUCAUAUUAUUUUCCAACUAUUUUUCAUUCAAGUAUAUGUAAUAUUGUUGUCUGCAAUUUGUGAUUAAGUACUAAAAAUGACAGAAAGGACUACGACCAAAAGUAAAUCCCGUAAAAUACCAAAGGCAAAUCCUUUGUUUGAACAAUGGAUUUCAGAAUGGUUAAAAGAGGCCACUGAAAAAAACUUGGAAGUCCGUCAUGGUUAUCGUCGUGUGAGUCAAUGAGUUUUUACUUUUUAAGUAUUCUAUACCUUUUUUAUUUUAAAUACCUAUAUAAGCAAUACAAUAGUAAACAUUGAUUGGUGUUUUUUUGUAGGUACCUCAUUUAUGUAUGACUAUCUAUAAUAUAUAUUUUAUUUAUUUGUUUAUAUGAUUGUAGGUUUCAUAAAUUCUGUUUAUCACUAUGUUGUGAAUAUAACUGAACUUGCAUUUUUAUAGGCAUUGACUUCAUUACAAAAAUGUCCAUUGCCUUUAAAGAGCGGGAAGGAAUGUUUAAUUCUAAAGUUUUUUGGUCUAAAAUUAUGUAAUAAAAUAGAUAAAAAACUCGAAGAGCAUAAUAAAUUAUCUCCGGCCAUAGGUAAAUAAAGAAGUACUUUUUCGAUACUAGUUUAUUUUAUUAAGAUAAUGUUUCUUUGCUUUAUUAAAUUUAAAUUAUUAAUUGAAGAUGGAAGCAUAGUCAAUGAUACAUCUAAAAGGAAAAAAAAUGUUGCUAAUAUUUUGCAACCUUCAACUAGUACCUCAAGUAGUGCUUACAAACCAGAUUCAAUAAUUUCUAUGGAUCAUGAGGAUGUGGCUGUUACUGUAAGUAGAAAACAAAAUGUUACUAAUAAAUCACUACUUUUAAUGUGAUAUUUUUGAACAAUGUAAUUUAUAAAUGUCAUGCAAUUUUCCAUUUAUGGUUUACUAAUUUAAAUAUACAGAAUUAUAGAUUAUGCAAUUAGUAAUUUUUACAUUUAAUCUGUAAAAAUCUAGUAAACUUGUCACUAAGUGUACAUUCAGCUAAGCACUAUUAACACUAUAAAUAAGUUAAAUAUUUCAAUUCAACUAAAGAGCAACAAUUUGAACUUAUGUAUGAACAUUUUAGAGUAUACUAGUUGUAACAAAAUGUGGAAAAUGCAAUCAAAUAUUAAACAACAGAAUUGUUUAUAUAGUUCUGUUAUGAAAGGAUUUGUAGAAGUUAUAAAAAAUAUAAUUAUAAUUUAAUAGGUAAUAUUAAAUUGAUUUAAAUAUUUGUGUUAUUUUUUUUUUAAAUAGAGACACAAUUCCAACCAGAAUCCUAGUGCUGCUGAAAAAGAGAAUAUUAUUUUAUGGCCAAAUGAAUUUACUGUUAUACUGCUCAUUGAUACCGGUGAAUCGAGUAGCUUACGGUAUGUGUGACCCGAAAAGUACUAAGGUUAUAACUGAAAUACUAUACAAUACAAUAUUAAUAUUAAUAAUUAAUAUCUAUGAAAUAUAAACUUGCAUAUAAUAUUAUUUUAUAGAAUAAAAUGAGUGAUAUCGAUAUUAACUGUUUUAAUGAGUAUUAAGUUCAGGAAGUGGACAUUUGACCCCUUCAUUAAUUCUUGAAAAUGUUAAAUUAAUUUUAAUUAUUUACUAUUUAUUACAAAAGUUAUAAUUUUUAGAAAUUGAAAAAAUAAAUAAAUGUGUUAAUAAUAUAAAAUACCUAAAAUUUAAAUUUUAAAAUUAAAACUUUAAUAUACUAUUUAUAUUUUAGGCAUGUGAUUAUUUAAUAAAGUCCAUUAGUAAAUAUAAAUUAAAAAAAAUAUUAGUACUGCUUGAAAGAAAUUAUUAGUAAAUGUUUGUGUGUAAAAGUACUCAUAGUAAUAAACAUUAAAUGGUAAAUAUUAGAAAAUAUUAUUUUGGAGAUUCAAAUAUAUUUAGUUGUUAAAUAUUUUACUAAAGAUAUCAAAUGUCCAUUAUUCUUUAAGUUCAUAUUUAACUUUGGUACCAAAUUUAAUCUUAACAUUUUUGCUUACUUAGUACUAAUAUUUUGUUUUAUAUCUUUGCAAAGGUGUUUGUUUUGAAAAAUCAAGGAGGAAAGGAUAGAAUGACGAUUCUAUAAGGUUCUAUAACAGUUAAACUUUAAUCAAUAAAUCAUUAAAUUUCUUAAAUUUAUUAAUAAUACAAAUAUGAGCUAAAUUUUAAAUAAAAAUAUUAUCAAUUUUAUAUGUUAAUAUCUAUACAAAUAUUGUUUUAUAUAUAAUAUAAUGAAAACAAUUUUGGAAAGUCAUGACAGAAAAUUUGGAACUCUUGGAUUGUAAAAUGUUUAUUACUACUAUAUAUUUAUUUAUUAUACUUAUGUUUUAAAUGUAUAAAAAAAAUUGUUGUUAUUAUUGUUAUGUUUUAUAUUUUGUUUUUAUAGGAAAACCAAUAUGGAUAAAGUUACUUCAGAAUUGUCUUCUUUAAAUGUAAAUUUUGAGAUGAGGCGUUUAAGUGUAGGGGAUUUUGCUUGGAUUUGUCGCGACAAAACUGGAAAGGAGCUUAUGUUACCAUAUAUAUUAGAAAGAAAACGGUUAGAUGAUCUUUCGGGAAGUAUUACAGAUGGUCGUUUUCAUGAACAAAAAGUGAAUAUUUUAAUUAAAUUAAAAUACAAUUUCUGUAAUAAAUACAUGUGAAAAUUCUUAUUUGUACAGUUUAGAUUAAAGCAAUGUGGGCUGGAUAAUAAAAUCUAUUUAGUUGAGCAUGAAAAAAAAUAUCAUGGUUUACCAAUAUCAAAUUUGCAACAAGCAUUGGCCAAUACAGAGGUUAUAGAUGGUUUUACGAUUGUCAGAACAGAAAAUCAUUUAGAAUCUAUGAAAUAUAUUGCAAACUUUUCUUAUCUAUUAUCUAAUAUGUACAAAGUAAACUGAAUUAUUUAUUUAACUUCACAGAUAUAUACACAAUGCAUUUGUGAGAUAAAUAUAAAUUUACAAUUGUUUACAGAACAAAAUAUUAACUACUCAUAGUGAUGAUGACUCAGAUUAUGGAAACUGCUCCAAUUAUGUGAAACUUAUACCCUUCAAAACAUUUUCAGCAGGUUCUGCUAAAAACAAGGUACGAAAAUGUAAAAAUAAAAGAGUAACAUUUUUUUUUUUACAAUAAAUUGGUGACUAUAAAUCAUAGUGUCAAUAAAAACAAAACCUGAUACUGUUGAUGGGUGCACUACUGUUAUAGGUGGGAAGUUGGGAAGGUGGGAUACAUAAAGCUAUUUAAUUUAUAUCUGUAAGUAAUGAUAAAUCAUUACUAAUGAAAAACGAUUCUGAGCAAAGUUUAUUUAUACAUGAUUUGAAAGACCUUAAUAAUUAUUUACAAAUUUCAUCAAAAUUUGAUUUAAAAAAAAAUUACUACAUUACACAAUUUUUUUUUUGACCACUAAGUACAACUUAUAAUGAAUCUGUUAAAUUUGAAUCAUUUUUAUUUGGUCAAACAAUUUUAUCUACAUACCUACUAAAGAAAAACGACUUUCUUCUUGACCAAGAGCAAUAACAUCCCAAAUAUAACAAAAAAAGCAAUAUUUCUAGUAGAAAACACUUUAUGUGUUCAAAUUAAAAACUAUGAAAUCUGUAAUGCCACUUUUUCUUAAUUAUUUUAAAAACCUUUUGGUAAAUCAUAAAAUGAUCUCCAUAAUGCACCAACUAGAUCCAAAAUUCAAUAAAAGGUUUUUUGAAAUUUUUUGAUUGGAGCAAUUUUUCUGUUUGAAAAGUUAUUUUAUAGACAGAAAAAAAACAUACACACCUAGUAAAUCCAACAGAUCCCUCACUCUGCACCAAAUGUAAAAAAUAAUUCUUUUGUAGAUCUCGUUUUUCUUUUGUUAUUUUCAGAGUAUUAAACUUACUCCUUGCACUGCUCAGAAUCUAAAGUAGUUCUAUCCUAUUAAACAAAUAAUAUUAUAAUUUAUUGCUUUUACAGAAUAUGACAGUACGAGAUAUGUUGAUACGGCAAUUACUUCAGGUCCGAGGAUUAUCCGUUCAUAAAGCAUUUGCAAUUGUCGAGCAAUACCCUAGUCCAAGGUCACUCAUCCAUGCCUUUCAAAGGUCCAAAAAUCCCCUUUUACUGGCCAAUAUAACUUACGGCAUACCUGUCAAAACCAUUGGGUCGGCCAUUAGCAAGACCUUGUUUCAAAUAUAUUCCAAUUGAUAACCGCGUUUAAAUUAUAUGUAAAUUUGUGCUUUGUGCAAUUAUUAUAAAUGUUUUCAUUUUUUAUUUUAAUUAUUGUUUAGAAAUAUAAUAUCAUUUGUAAAACGUGUGAUACGCAUAUAUUUA